ACAAGAAUAAUAUAGUACUUCCCACAAACAAAACUAUGCUAAAAGAACAAGGGCUUUAUGUAAUUACGUAAAUGUACAUAGGCUUAUUAAUAUGCAUAAGUAUUUAUUUCCAAAUGUUUAUUAGAUUAGUUUUGUACAGUUCACGAGGGUAAUUUUUAUACUUGAAUAAUUGGUUGAAAAGAGUCUCAAUUUAACGGUUGCCAUUAAAGUAUGAUCAGGCAUUUGAGCCAGAUUUUCUCUCCUAGCAAUUUUUACAUAGUUGAAUGACAGUUUGAGAAAAGGUUGCGUUUCUGUGGGUCACUGAUAAAACAGAUUCUUUUUCACUCUUUUCAUAUUCAACAUACAAAACGCUUCUAGGUCAACAAGUAAAAACAAAUUUUGAAUUGAAAUCUGAUGAAGAAAUAGUAAAUUUAUAUGUGGCUUGAGUGACAAAUCUGCUGAGAAUAUUUGGCUGAUCAUAGUUGAAUGACAGUUUGAAAAAAAAAAAAGGUUGCUCUUUUAUAAGUACACAUUGAUAAAAUUGAUUAUUUUUAACUCUUUUCAUAUUCAAGAUAUAUAUAAAACACUUCUAGGUCAACAUGUAAUCACAAAUUUGAAAAUGGAACCUAAUGAAAAAACUGAAAACUGAUUUAUGUGUUAUGUGUAUAGAGUUGAGCCUAUCAAUUCUCGCUGUCCACCAGCAAUUCUAGCUUUUGUUAUUUAUAAUGAAUUACAGGUGGGCCUCGAGAAUCACCCGGUGUUGACAGCCUGGUGUUAGACCUUGGUCUUCUCCAUCCAGCCACCAAGGUGGGGCUUCAGGGGUUAUCAGCAGCUAGGCCAUUUCAACCCCAAACCCACUCACACUCUCAGUCACUAUUAAAUUUAUUCCUAUUUACAUGCCAUUCACUCAAAGCGGUGGAGUACUCGAUAUUUUAGUCCUCUACAUAUAUUAUAUAAUUAAUCAAAUUGAGGGUGUAUGGGGUAUUCUAUAUUCCUCCAUAGGCCGUCUCACACUACACAUUCACACCAAUAAAUACGUUAACUUUCAACAUGUGCUAGGGACACAAAAAUUAAAUACAAUAAACUCGCUCAAGCACAAUAAAUCUCAUAUCAAGUGGCAUUCUUUCAUAUGGAACCCGUCAAUUAAUGGGACACAUAAGUGGGCUUUGGUGCAAAAGAAGUGUCCGAGUGUGAACAUCAUUCCAUGGCCUGCCCAUAAUGAGGUGAGGAAGAUCCUUCUUCUACAAGUCAGAUAUACUGAGGGUCACCUAUCGACAAUACUCUUGAUACCCAAAAACUUCUCUACUGACCUGGCCUACGUGAGUAUAAUCAUGUUUUUUUAUUUUUUUAAAUUAUUUUUAGCGCCAUCUGCCUGUUAAAAAAAGUUUCAUUUGUGUGUGACGUGAGUGACAAAUUUGCUGAAAUUUUUUUGGCUUAUUACAGUUGAAUAACAGUUUGGAAAAAGUUAGCUCUUUGUAAAUUAUUGACCUUUAUUUUUACGUGUUCACCGAUUAGUAUUUUCAAUUUCAAAUAGAAAAAUAGUGAAAAAUAAUCAAUUUUAUAUGCUCAACAACAAGUCAAAUAUUCUCAGCAAGAUUUGUUACUCAAGCUAAACAAAUUUCCUAUUUUUUCAUCAGAUUUCAAUUUAAAAUUUUUUUGUUACAUGUUGAUCUAGAAGGAUUUUCGAUCUUGCAUAUUGUCAUUCAAAUAAGAUAAGCUGAAUAAUUUCAGCAAAAUUUGACACUCAAACUAUAGAAGUCUACUAUUUUCCCAACAGAUUUCCAUUCAAAACAAACAUUGUCAUUCAAAUAAGAUAAGCUUAAUAAUCUCAGCAAGAUUUGUCACUCAACAUACAGAAAUGUAAUAUUUUUCCCCUCAGAUUUCAAUUCUAAAUUUUUUACUUUGGAUUUUAGAUCUUAAAUACUUAUUUGAAUAGCCAUUCAAAUAAGAUAAGCUUAAAAAUCUCAGCAAAAUUAGUCACUCAAGCUACAUAAAUCUCAGCAAAAGUUUCACUCAACCUACAGAAAUUUGCUAUUUUUCCAUCAGAAUUCAAUUUAAAAUUUUGUGUCAUUUUGAUGUAUAAACUUUUGGAUCUUAAAUAUUGUCAUUCAAACAAGAUUAGCUGAAUAGUUUCAGCAAAAUUAGUCACUCAAGCUACAGGAAUUUCCUAUUUUUCUAUUAGAUUUCAAUUCUAGAUUUUUUACAUUGGGAUUUUGGAUAUUGAAUACUGUGAUUCAAAUAAGAUAAACUGAAUAAUCUCAGCAAAAUUUUUCACUCAACCUACAGAAAUUUGCUUUUUCCAUUAGAUUUCAAUGCAAAAUUUUGUGUUAUGUUGAUCUAUACACUUUUGCAUCUUAAAUAUUGUCAUUCAAAUAAGGUAAGCUGAAUAAUCUCAGCAAAAUUUAUCACUCAACCUACAGAAAUUUACUAUUUUUCCAUCAGAAUUCAAUGCAAAAUGUUGUGUUACAAUGCUAGAAGGAUUUUGGAUUUUGAAUAUUAUCAUUCAAAUAAGAUUAGCUUAAAAAUCUCUGCAAAAUUAGUCACUCAACCUACAGAAAUUUACUAUUUUUCCAUCAGAAUUCAAUGUAAAAAUUUUUGUUACAUGUUGAUUUACAAACAUUUUGGAUCUUGAAUUGUCAUUCAAAUGAAAUGAGCUGAAUUAUCUCAGCAAAAUUUGUCACAACCUACAGGAAUUUACUAUUUUUCCAUCAAAAUUCAAUGCAAAAUUUUGUGUUACAUGUUGAUCUAAAAGGAUUUUGGAUUUUGAAUAUUGCCAUUCAAAUAAGAAGGAUUUUGGAUCUUAAAUAUUAAAAGACUGAAAAACAGAAAAUUUCACCAGCGUGCAACCCAUAAAAUAGCGGCGACCUUUCUCAAACUGUCACUCAACUAUGACAAGCCAAAUAAUCGCAACAAGAUUCGUCUCUCAGUCAAUACAGACAUCACAAAUGGACAAAAUAGAAGGAUAAAUUUUAUUGAUAUAGAAAUAUAACAGAAAAUGAGUGUAUUAGCACACUCAGUUUAUCAUCUAUGAUUCAAGGAAUGCUUGGACCUGUAGACAAAUCGUCUCGACAAUGUAUCCACAAUUUUAAACUUUUAAUUGAUAAAGUCCAAAGUUUAGAUAUUUCAGCUCUUCAAAUUAUCGACUCAUGGGGUAAACCGUCAUCAGGAAUACUUCAAGGGAAUAUGAACCAGUAUGGAGAUUUUGACGAAUGUAUUAACUCUUAUAUAAAAGAGGGAGAGAGAAAAAUUGAUUUUCAGUAUUGCCUAUUAACAUUAGAUGUUGCUUUGAAGAAAAACAAUAAACUUGACCCUAUGAUCCAUUCGUAUUAUGUCAUAAAAAACAAUCAUAAUGACCCAAUGCACAGGAUACCGCAUUUUUCCAGUUUUCAUUGGGGCGUGUGCAUACCGAAGUCUUGCAGGGCGGAAACUGUUUCGCAAAAAAUUACACAACUUGCAGAACAAAAGUUGUCGAGGGAUUUUUCCCUUUCAGUCAAGGGAUCGGAUAAAUUGUGCUAUUCUAAAAAAAAGACAAAUGAAAAUAAAACAUUCCCUGCUUUGUUGUGCAUUCUCUUUAUACUUGCAAUUUCUUUGAUAUCUAGCACAGAUACAAUUUACAUCUGGUUAAAAAACUAUACAGAAUUUUCAAAAUACCUGAGAUGCUUCUCUUUGAAGAGAAAUUUCUCCUCUUUGAUGAAGACGGAACCAGCCGAGAAGGAAAUAAAUGCUAUUAAUGGCACUCGAGUCUUAAGCGCCCUUGCUUUAUUACUAUCACACAAGCACAUGGCACUGUUGUACAUUCCUUAUGUUAAUCGAACGGCCAUGGCAAAAAUGAUUAGUCAUCCGUGGACUGUUAUUGGAAGAACGGCAAUUAUAUACACAGACGGUUUCAUUCUAAUAAGUGGUUUUUUAACAGCAAACACUAUUCUAAAAGAACUAAAAGAAUACGGAAGAAUUAACAUAAGAAAGUUAAUUGCUAAUCGACUAGCACGUUUGACACCUAGUUUAUUGAUGAUAAUAAUGAUUUCAACUUGGAUUCUGCCGGAAUUAAACGAUGGACCUCUCUGGAAUGUCGUCAUCACGAAACAUUCCGAUUUGUGUAAAAAAUACUGGUGGAGAAAUUUAUUGUAUAUUCAUAAUUACUUUGGUUUUGAAAAUAUGUGCUUGACACACACUCACCAACUCGGAAUAGACUUCCAAUUAUUCCUUUCGUGUAUAGUUUUGAUACUGUUAGCCUGGAAAAAUAGCAAAAUGGGUUUUUAUUUAAUGGCCUUCAUUGGUGUUUUAUCGACAGCGCUGAGAUUCGUUGUGACAUACUCCAACAAAUUAAGUGUUGUUAUAUAUUACGGAAUCAGUGUAUCUCAAUUAUUCAAUACAGCCAAUUUGUCUUAUAUUUUGCCAACCCACCGUGCGACAGUUUAUCUCAUGGGAGUUGGCAUUAGUUUUUAUUUGAAUCGCACAACUGAUAAGAAAAUAUCUCAGCCGUGGCUGUUUAUCGGUUGGUGCAUUGCCAGCAUCUGUGGUGUAUUAGCCAUGUUCGGUCCUUACCAUAUGUCAUACAUAAACUAUAAAUAUGACGUGGUAGAAGCUGCGUUCUACAAUGCUUUUUCUCCGAUCCUUUGGGGAAUAUUCGUUUCAUGGGGAAUUAUAACAUCUACAUAUAAUCAAGCAGGAUACUUGGGAGAUUUUCUUGCAUGGAGGUGGUUUAAAGUAAUCGCAAAAACUACAUACUCAGUGUACCUAAUUCAAUUCCCAGUGUUCUUUCACAACAUUGGUACUAUUAGAAGCGCCAAACAGUUUACUUCAUUGGACCUUUUUAAUAUUUUUGAAUACGCAUCAAUUGCAAUCCUAUCAGUUGUGAUGACGUUGGCGAUUGAGAUGCCAAUAAGCAAUAUUGCUAGACUGUAUUGGAAAUCAACACCUAAAACUUUAAAAACUCAGUCAUGUGUUCAAAGUGAUCUCGGUGAUAGUCAAGUACGGUCAAAUCCCAGGAGAAGAAUGGUCAAUAUCGGCAAGUGAAUGGACAUUUAAAAUGACCAAAGUAUUUAUAUGUAUGAACAUUAAAAUAAAUAUAAUGAAAACUUGUAUUUUUAAUAAUUAAUAAAUAAAAUAGUA